CACAAGAAGGCAUUGAACAAGCAUUGAACAAGCAUUGAGCUAGACAAAAUGACCAAAUUCCGUCCAUGCAUUGAUCUUCACUCGGGUCAAGUCAAGCAAAUUGUGGGGGGGACUCUUAGUGAUGUGGCCGCCGAUCUGAAGACAAAUUAUGUCUCCAAGCUGCCUGCCAGUCACUAUGCUGAAUUAUAUCGAAAGCACGAUUUGCGUGGGGGGCACGUCGUGAUGCUGGGCCCAGGCAAUGAUGAAGCAGCGCAUGAGGCACUUCGAACUUGGCCGAAUGGACUACAAGUGGCGGGAGGAAUCACGGAUAAGAAUGCUCAAUACUGGAUUGAUCAGGGUGCCGAGAAGGUGAUCAUCACCUCGUUCCUCUUCCCAGAGGGAAAGUUCUCCAAAGAACGACUUGAGUCCGUUCUCUCUGCGCUUGGGGGCGAUCGGUCAAAGCUGGUCUUGGAUUUGAGUUGCCGUAGAAAGGACAACACAUGGUUCGUAGCUAUGAAUCGCUGGCAGACCAUUACCGAGAUGGAAAUCAAUCAAGAGUCAAUCUCGAUGCUAGAGCCUUACUGCUCUGAAUUCCUUAUUCAUGCCGCAGAUGUAGAGGGGCUGCAGCAGGGUGUUGACGAAGAUCUCAUUGCCAGGUUAGCCCAGUGGUGCACAAUUCCCGUGACCUAUGCUGGUGGCGCUCGAAGCUUGCAGGAUCUGGAAAUGGUUCAUGCCAGCAGUCAAGGGAAAGUUGAUUUGACUAUUGGUAGUGCUUUGGAUAUUUUUGGGGGUUGCGGGGUAACUUUUGCUGAGUGUAUAGAGUGGAACGGGUCACAUUAAAUACAAUUUACUAAAAGGAGGCAUGUCAUUUUCUAGUCAGAUCGAGUCAUUGGGGAUACGUUUCUAGACAAGGCAGCUCGACU